AUGGCGCCUUCGUUCGCCCCCACCUCAGAAACACCCUCUCAAGCAGAUACUCCCAUGACAGAUGCAAAUGAUGAACCCGUCACGUCGGUACCCGUAGAUGACGCGCAAAUGGGGGGCUACCAGGACACUCCAGACUAUACGGAUUCGGAUACAAACCCAAACACCACAGCAAGCAGUGUUGCAGGCGACACAGUUCCCGUCGACGGCCGAAGAAAGCGAUCUGAGGCAUUUCAUCUAAGGAAGAGCAUCCUGGGUAAAAAGCAUGGUCGUCUGGACGAGUCAAAGGAAGAUGAUUCGAUUCGGAGAUUCCGUUACCUCCUCGGGCUUACCGACUUGUUUCGCCAUUUCAUCGAAACCAACCCCAACCCACGGAUCAAAGAAAUAAUGGCUGAGAUAGACCGGCAAAAUGAUGAGGAAGAGGCAAAGGCCAAGAAAAAAGGCUCGUCACGGUCAGGCGGUGCGGGUGGUGACAGGCGUCGCAGGACGGAACAAGAGGAAGACGCAGAGCUAUUGAAGGAUGAGAAGAGCGGCGGCGAAACCGGCACCGUCUUUCGUGAAUCCCCGCCAUUCGUUCAUGGGGAAAUGCGAGAUUAUCAAAUUGCUGGAUUGAACUGGCUUGUUUCUCUACAUGAGAAUGGGAUCUCUGGUAUCCUUGCCGAUGAGAUGGGCUUGGGUAAAACCCUUCAAACCAUUUCUUUCCUCGGGUACCUCAGACAUGUCUGCGACAUUACAGGACCUCACCUGGUUGCUGUACCGAAAUCAACACUCGAUAAUUGGAAACGCGAAUUUCACAAAUGGACACCUGAAGUUAAUGUUCUUGUUCUUCAGGGAGACAAGGAGGAGCGUCAUAAGUUAAUAAACGAAAGACUUCUUGAUGAGAACUUCGAUGUGUGCAUCACCAGUUACGAAAUGGUUCUUCGGGAGAAGUCUCAUCUUAAGAAGUUCGCUUGGGAGUACAUCAUCAUUGAUGAGGCCCAUAGAAUCAAAAACGAAGAAUCGUCACUCGCACAGAUCAUUCGUGUGUUCCAUUCCCGGAAUCGUCUGCUAAUCACUGGUACUCCACUCCAGAACAACCUCCAUGAGCUUUGGGCCCUUCUAAACUUCCUUUUGCCGGAUGUUUUUGGCGAUUCGGAGGCAUUCGAUCAAUGGUUCUCAAACCAAGAGUCUGACCAGGACACCGUUGUCCAGCAACUUCACCGAGUGCUACGACCCUUCCUUCUCCGCCGUGUUAAGAGCGACGUAGAGAAGAGCUUGCUUCCCAAGAAGGAGGUCAAUCUUUAUGUACCCAUGUCAGAGAUGCAGGUGAAGUGGUACCAGAAGAUUCUUGAGAAGGAUAUCGACGCUGUCAACGGUGCCGCUGGAAAGCGCGAAUCUAAGACCCGUCUCUUGAACAUUGUCAUGCAACUUCGCAAAUGUUGUAAUCACCCCUAUCUUUUUGAAGGAGCUGAGCCGGGCCCUCCUUAUACAACGGAUGAACAUCUUGUGUACAACGCCGGCAAGAUGUCAAUCUUAGACAAGCUCUUGGCACGUAUGCAGAAACAGGGAAGCCGUGUUCUUAUCUUCUCCCAGAUGAGCCGUGUGCUUGAUAUCUUGGAAGAUUACUGUGUUUUCAGAGAGUACAAUUAUUGCCGUAUCGAUGGCACGACAGCGCAUGAGGAUCGAAUUGCUGCAAUUGACGAGUACAACAAGCCAGGAUCGGACAAGUUUGUCUUCCUGCUUACCACUAGGGCGGGAGGUCUCGGUAUUAACUUGACAACUGCGGAUAUCGUUGUCCUUUACGACAGUGAUUGGAACCCCCAGGCUGAUCUGCAGGCCAUGGACCGUGCUCAUCGUAUUGGUCAGACAAAGCAAGUGGUUGUAUUCAGAUUUGUCACAGAGAAUGCGAUUGAAGAGAAGGUCUUGGAACGUGCAGCCCAGAAGCUACGGUUAGACCAGCUUGUUAUUCAACAAGGCCGUGCUCAGCAGCAGACCAAGAACGCCGCGUCAAAGGAGGAACUGCUUGGCAUGAUCCAGCACGGAGCUGCGAACGUGUUCAGCAAUGACAAUUCGACUGCACCUUUUAAUGCCGAUAAACAAAUUUCCGAUGAUGAUAUCGAUGCGAUUUUACGCAAGGGUGAGGAGCGAACUGCAGAGCUGAGCAAGAAAUAUGAGAAACUUGGUAUCGAUGAUUUGCAAAAGUUUAGCUCCGAAAGUGCAUACGAAUGGAACGGAAAGGACUUCACAGAUCGCAAGAAGGACAUCGGCCUCAAUUGGAUUAACCCGGCAAAGCGCGAACGGAAAGAGCAAUUCUACUCUAUUGACAAAUACUAUCGCCAAGCGCUAGCUACUGGAGGAAGAACGGCUGAUCCCAAACCGAAGGUCCCUCGGGCACCUAAGCAAAUUGCUGUUCACGAUUGGCAGUUCUUCCCUCCGGGACUCCAAGAACUCCAGGAGAAAGAAACCGCCUACUUCCACAAAGAGAUUAGCUAUAAAGUUCCACUCCCUGAUGGGCCUGAAGAGGAACUUAGUGAGCGUGAAGCCGAGCGCGAUUUGGAGCAGCAAGAAAUAGACAAUGCGGUGCCAUUGACGGAAGAAGAGCAGUCGCAGAAGGCUGAAAUGUCAGAAGAAGGUUUUUCAACCUGGAAUCGCCGUGAUUUCCAGCAGUUUGUUAAUGGUUCGGCCAAAUUCGGACGCACUGAUUAUGUUGGGAUCGCCACAGAAGUGGAUAGCAAAGAACCAGAUGAAGUUGAGGAAUACGCCAAGGUGUUUUGGAAGCGGUACACCGAGAUCCAAGACUACCCUAAAUAUCUCCGCGUUGUUGAGCAGGGAGAGGAGAAGCUGCGCAAGAUGAACCAUCAACGUAAAAUGCUUCGCAAGAAGAUGGAGAUGUACCGCGUUCCUCUUCAGCAACUCAAGAUCAACUACACGGUGUCUACCACUAAUAAGAAGGUGUACACCGAAGAAGAGGAUCGGUUUUUACUGGUGAUGCUCGACAAGUACGGGGUGGAUGGUGAGGGACUGUACGAGAAAAUCCGGGAUGAAAUCCGCGAGUCCCCACUCUUCCGGUUCGACUGGUUCUUCCUAAGCCGAACGCCCGUGGAAAUCGGACGCCGUUGUACUACACUAUUGAAUACUGUUGCAAAGGAGUUUGAAGUUGCGGACGAGAAAGCCAAUGGCGAGUCUGGCAAGGGUCGUGGACGUGAUCGAGACGACGAGGAUGCUGAAAACGACGAUGAUGGAGCACCGGCUAAAAAGAAGAACAAGGGCGGCGCAGUGAACAAGCAGGUCAAGGCUGUUAAAGGUAGCAGCAAAGCCAAUUCUACGUCGACGUCGCGGGCAGCUAGUGUCUCGUCCAACACGGCACCAAAGGCAAAAAGUCGUAAGAAGUAA